AUGCAAGCCCAAAAGAAAGGAAAGCCUCCAGGGACUCAGCGUCCGGACCGUGGUCGACAGAACCACCAUUCUCAGAUGAGACAUCUUCAAAUGCAACAGCAGUUUCAACAAGAACAGAAGCAGUCCUUGUUCCAAGUCGAUGAAGGCCACAGUGAUGAACCGUACAAAUAUUCAUUCGAAGAAAUUUCACAUUCUUAUGCAAACCCCGUCUGGGAUCCAGUGGAUAGUAGACAUAUGUCUUCAGCAAUGAGUUCUCAAGACGUAAAUCGCAUGCAAGGCGUAAGCGCACCUACGGCCCAAAGGGACCUUGUGUGGCGCCCGAAACCUUCGCAAGGGAUGGGUUUGGUUGCAGCUAGUUUGAGUGGUCAAACGAUUGAACAUAGCCAGAACCUACAGAAGCCCAUUUCUGAACAAGUGCAAGAGAUUUGCCCACUAGCCAACCAACUGUCCCAUGCAGAGGCCCACGCUUUACAAGAAUCGACACAAAUCAAACAAGAAUUGCAGGAGAUCGAAAGACAGCGACUGUCAUCUAGCAGAUAUGUGCAGACCAGUUCUCACCCGCCAAAUGUCAGUGUUUCUGCUCAACUUCAUCUCUCCCCAAAUGGCGAGGUUGCACCCCGCGCGCCCUAUCCGACGGAACAGCAACACCUCCUGAACCUACAGCAGCAAUUUCCUGAUACUGAUGUUUACAAUCAGCGAGACCCUCACGGGCAACAAAAGUUUCAAGCGCUUGGCAUGGAUCUUCACGCCACUUCUACAUACAAUUCACGGUCAAAUACCAACACGUGGAAAGUUCCAAGUAACUUAGCCUUUCGACAUACGCUUGCAGGGUCCCGUCAAGUUGAGGAAGUACCUGUAGCAUCCUUGUAUCAACCUUUCCAAUGGAAUGGUCAAAAAACUAAUCACCGGAUUCCUUCGGAAGACGUCUUCGAAGACAAGAACCAGUACGUGCGCAAGGCCUCUGAUGUAGCUGAUAGGGCGAAGCUAGCUCAUCGCGGAGUAUUGAAGGAGGCACAGCGCAGUAAAGAAAUGGAAGCAGAGGCCAGGGGAGAGCCGCUGUCAGCAAAAGAGAAAGAACGGGAACGCAGCCGAAGAGAGAGCGCUGUUACUAGAAAACGAGCCGAGAUAUACAUUCAAGAGCUAGAAAAAACUGCAAGAAAUGUACCGUACCUAGAGAAUACUAUUCAGCGUCUCCUAGCAGAGUGCCAGCGACUUAGGGUGAUGGUAUCACCUGGUGGGCAUGAUCCCGUGGAAAAGCAUCAUCUUUCGGCACCAAUGUCUCUUUUUUCACGCUCAGAAGGCACCAAGUCAGAGCCCGGGAUGGUUGAAAGCCCGAAUACCUCAAGUGCAACGAGGGUAGUGGGUGAACUGAAAGAGCUUGAUUUAUAGGGAUUUGUCUAACAGGGAAACUGCGGACGCGACAACGUUGAGGUAUGUUUCAUUCCAAGUCUCGUGCUUGAUCCUUGAAGUGAUAUUUUUAUUCCCAAUAAUGGUCUUGGCGCACGUGAACUUCAGCAACACCUACAAUUUUGGAUAUGAUGUCCGAUUUCUUGCUCGGAAAUGAAGGCCUCACCGGAAAAGACCGACGCGACAGUCAUCACGGCAGAUCUGUGAAGAUCCGUAGAGACGAUUUUCCUUUGGCCCACACACACACACACACACAAUGCAAAUAGUACCACUCCGAACACUGUAUUUCUGAAUGCAAACCUAAACAAUCCUUUCAAUAAAAGAAACCAGAGUAGAAGGCU